UGUUGAUAUUUCUGCUCCCCGGCUGCCGGGCCGUAACUUCGACCUCCUGAGGAGAAAAGCUGCAAAGCCUGAUACCGGCCUAUCCAGUCGAGAAACAAAAGUGUAGUCUUGUUAACUGCCUCCUUUCCGCGGAUUUCCUUUAAUUCUCCUCAAGUCUUCACUUGUGACUGACUCCCACUUCCCUUUCUCCUGAAGUGAGUACCCGGAGACUAUGUCUGCAGAACUCAUUUCAUCCACAAGAGAGGAAGGAAGUCCUGGCACAGGACCCAGUUUUAGGUCCCAUCAGAGGAAGAUACUAAACUUGCUCCUGGAGAGAGAUGCUUCCUUCACCAUCUGUCCAGAUCUCCCUAGAACUCCAGUGGACAAACUCUUUGGUGAUUCUGCAAACCUAAGCAUUUUGUCUGGAGGAACCCCAAAAUGUUGCCUUGAUCUUUCGAAUCUUAGUGGGGAGAUAUCUGCCACUCAGCUUACCACUCCUGCAGAUGCUGAUGGAACUGGUCCUUUGGAUUCUUCAGGACCUCAGGAAAUACAGUUAGCUCAGAGGAAUCAUCACCAGCAUCUUAUAAAAUGCAGCCCAGCACAGCUGCUUUGUAGCACUCCGAAGACUUUGGACCAUGGCAACAGGAAGAAAGAUGCAAUAUGUAGCUCAUCCACAAAUAAAGAAAAUAACAAUGGAAACUUGGUAGAAAGUGAAAUGAAAUGUCUGGACAGUCCCAUCACUACAGUUCCAAAAUUGGAUAAAAAUCCCAAACUAGGAAAAGACCAGGCAGAGGAGAUUUCAGAUGAAUUGAUGGAGUUUUCCCUGGAAGAUGAAGAAGAAGCCAAGGGCUUAGGUCUAAAGAAGACAGUCUUUCUCUCUGACAUUAAUACCACUCAGAUGCUGGAGGAAGCUUCUAACCACGGGUACCUGGCUGGUGAUUUCUCCAAGGUAUGUGCGCUGCCAACCGUGUCAGGGAGACACCAAGAUCUGAAGUACAUCAACCCAGAAACAGUGGCUGCCUUACUGUUGGGGAAAUUCCAGGGUCUGAUUGAGAAGUUUUAUAUCAUCGAUUGCCGUUAUCCAUAUGAGUACCUGGGAGGACACAUCCAGGGAGCCUUAAACUUGUACAGUCAGGAAGAACUAUAUAACUUCUUUCUGAAGAUGCCUAUUGUCCCUUUGGAUUCCCAGAAAAGAAUAAUCAUUGUGUUCCACUGUGAAUUCUCCUCAGAGAGGGGCCCUCGAAUGUGCCGCUCUCUGAGAGAAGAGGACAGGGCCCUGAACCAGUAUCCUGCAUUGUACUACCCAGAGCUGUAUAUCCUCAAAGGGGGCUACAGAGACUUCUUUCCAGAAUAUAUGGUGCUGUGCGAACCGCAGAGCUAUUGCCCUAUGCAUCACCAGGACCAUAAGGCGGAGCUGCUGAGGUGUCGAAGCCAGAGCAAAGCAUGGGAAGGGGAGCGGCAACUGCAGGAGCAGAUUGCCUUACUGGUGAAGGAUGUGAACCCAUGAUAAUAGAUCAGCUGCUGGCUGCCUAGGAGUCACCAAAAGACACUGUAGAAACCCUGGGCAGAAAGAGGCCAUAUCUUCUAUGUGGCUAAACUGCAAACAACAGGCUGCCAAACUGAUGCAAUACUAGGCCUGGGCGUUGGUUAGAUUUCAGUAGAGCUGCUGGCUGAUGGUGAAGUCCUGGAGCUGGCUCUAUAAGGUGUAGCCUUGGGUUGUACUGACAUGUGUGUUGCUUCAGGGAGUGUUUGCAUUCUCUUUCUAAUUAUUUGUCUCUUCUCACAAGCCAGCCAGUUCUUUCUCCCUCUGAGCUUCUGGCUAUGCAAAGGAGUUGCCCACCUUCUUUCUCUGUAUUUUCCUUCUUUGUUUCCCUCUCUUAUCUUUUUCUUAAAUGGAAAAAUAAACAUUGUAGAAUGAGAGAUAUGAUUGUGAACUUAAUCUGCUCCUAGAAGAUUUAUAUGAGGAAGCGAUCACCAAAUUAGACUCCUUCAGACAUAAAGGUAUAACCAUCCCUAAUUCAGAGCUUAGACCAGAGUGCUUUUCUCUAGAUUGACUAGUGGUUCUCAAAGUUUGGACCCUGGACCAUCAGUAUCAUCUGAACUUGUUUGAAAUACAAAAUUACAGGCCCCACUCCAGACCCGCCUACUAAAUCAGAACCUCUGAGGUUAGGUCCUAGAAAUCUGAAUUUUAAAAAUCUCCCUUGUAGGUGAUUCUGAUGCACGCCGAGAGUUGAAAUCCACUGCUGUGGAAUUAGGAACCCUUUAAAGUGCAUUCUUAAGCAGUAUUCCAGGCUUUCCUUUCCUAAAGACUUUUCCAUGGUAUGAGUUAAUGAAAGUGUGUCCCAGACUCGGCCCUCUGGUAUCUAGGCUCAGAAAACCAGAUGAGUGGCAUUCUCUACAGCAAGUGAUAGGUUCAUUUUGGCUCUAAAGGUUCCUUGUGUACAGCCUCAAUGGAGUUUUGACUUUUUCCAUUUCCCAAACUCUCCACUCCACAGCUCACAAAUAAAGUUUAGUUUUAAGGUGGUUGAAAGUAGAGAUUUGCGCUAUAUUUCUUUCAUUUGUGGAAUAAGAGAAAAUAAAGUACCAAGCAAGAUCAGUUAGACUUAAAGAAGACCUUUUAUUUUAUUGAUUUCAGAGAGAAACAUCGAUUUGUUGUUCCACUUUUUUAUGCAUUCAUUGGUUGAUUCUCGUAUGUACCCUGACCAAGGAAAUCCACAACCUUGACACAUUGGGACAAUGCUCUCACCAACUGAGCUACCCAGCCAGGGCAAAGAAGACCUUUUAACUGCAUUCUUCAUUC